UAUAGACACUCUGUCCCUGCAGUUCCCCCUGAAGUGACUCUGCUCCAGAGGAAAGCUCGUGGAUCUGCAGACAUGGAGGUCCUGUGUCAUGUGACAGGGUUCUUCCCCCGCGCUGUGGAGGUGACCUGGGUCAGAGACGGGCAGGAUCAGCUGGAGGAAGGGGUGCAGAAUGGGGAGGUGCUGCUCAACCAGGACGGGACCUACCAGCUGAGAAAGAUCCUGACAGUGAGCCCUGAGGAGCAGGGGAGACACCGCUACUCCUGCCAGGUGGACCACAUCAGCUUCAAAGAGAAACAGAUCUACAUCUGGGAUCCCAACAUGAGGAGCAGCAGCGAUGGCGGCCCCCCUAUUGGGAUCAUUGCUGGAGUCAUAGUGGGUGUACUGCUUCUGGUUGCAGCGGUCAUUGGAGUGGUGAUCUGGAAGAGGAGACAAGGAGGUGCCCAGAAGUCAGACUACAGCAAAGCUCCAAGCAAGGAAGGCUCCGACACUUCCUCUGACACCGCCGCCAAUGCCUGAGGAGUGUGACUCCACUGCAGAGAGAAUCAGCGACUCGGCAGAGAUUUCCUAUUUUACAAUCCUUCAUACACAAUACUGCUUUAUAGUUUGAUUUGAUUACACAUAUUGCAACUGUGCAAACCAGUAGACAAGGAACCUGCCUCAAAAUCAACUGCGUAAAUCAGCAAACAACACAAAUUAUACAAUGAGAGGAACAAGAAAAUGCAUUUCUACAACAUUAUCAUGACAUAAUAAAAUACACCCUUUAACAAGGAGCUGUCGUAUUCAUGCAGUGCUAUUGUAAUAAAUGCUAACAGUCACUAGUCUAAUUAACAAGACAUUCGUAAAGAGUUCUAGUUGAAUGUUUGUCAAAGUACAGUCAAUUCUCAUUGAAACAAACUUGUAUUAAAUUAAUUUUCUCAUACUAUGUAUUUUCUACAUGGUCCCAGGCAAGUUUAGCAGCCUCUUAUUGUAAUCACUCAAUAAAUAUUGCACCACUGGCCCAGAAAAAGAAAGAUGUUGCUGCAGAUUUCAACAUUGCUGCAAACACUUUCUCAAGCAUUCAAGUUUGUAUUGAUUGUUAGAGUUUGUAUUGAUGAGAGUUGAAGUUUGCAUUGAUUGGUUGUUUGUAUUGAUGAGAGUGACUGUCUUCUCUUUUAGCAUUGCUGCAUGCAUCCUGUUUAAAGGCAGGCACUGAGUCUGAGUGAGUCGGUGCCUUCACUUCACUUUGAAAUGUUGCAGUUCCCUUGUCUACUGGUCCGGCUUUGUGUAUUUACCAAGUUGUUGUUUUUCUCAAUCAGAAUGUGCUUUUGAUAAUACUGUAGAUAGUUUGAUAAGAGUGUCUCACUGUUCCCCAGUGUUCCAGUUCCCAUGCUUAGUGUUCCCCAGUGUCCCAGUCUCCAGGGUUAGUGUGUCCCAGUGUCCCAGUCUCCAGGGUUAGUGUUCCCCAGUGUCCCAGUCAUAGAGAAAGGGACAGACGAGGCACCUUCAUUUGAUCAAUGCAUUGCAAUGUUCAUCAGCCAUCAGCUUUCUGUUCCACAUCAGUGAAGCAGGUCUGCUUCACUGUGCAUUGCAAAUGAGAGCUGCCCAUCACUGGUGUGAAACAGCAUUGACCCUCCAGAAACUACAUGGAGAGCAGAGCAGUGAGCAGGUGCAGAGAAACUAGUGAGAGAGGACAGGAGGGAGGGGUGAGGGUUUGCAUCUCUUGAUUGAAUGUACUGAUUUCUGUAAAUUGCUUUCAUUGAAAUGCUUCAGUUGUGCAUAUUAUUAUACAAAUAGAUGUUUUGUGAGGGUAUAAGGUUAAUUUUUCAAAGCUUUUCUUUUUUAGUAGUGAGGUUUCGCUUCUUUUUUUAGUAAUAAGGUUUUGAUCUCUUAUUGAGUGCAGUGCCGUUCCAAUGGGGAAGCAGUCUCCUCAUGUUAAGACAUCUCUGGGGCCCGUGUGGUGCAGACAGACAGACAGACAGCGGCUGCUUCACCAGCCUCUCAUUCCUGCCUUUCACCUGCAGGGGUCCUGGGGUUAAAUCCAGCUGCUCCGUGUGUGUGAUGAUCCCAACUACUCCACCCCCAGCGGAGCACAGAACACAAUCCAGCCGUGUCAGUCUGUUCUUGAGAGAGACCCAGGAUUGAAUGGCAGGCAGGGAGGUGGGAGGUGGUGUGGUGGUGUUAGGGUCAGGAUUGAGGGGCUCUUUCUCUCCACAGCCUUCUAGUCCUCUGUUGAAAUGCAUUUAAAAUUGUACUAAAAUUAUUUGAAUAAAACAGUAUUUAGACUGCA